GUGGCGCUGUGAACCGCGCUGAACUCAACUCACAUCCGCGCCAACAUGGCGGCGGCCGCCGGAGCGCUUCUGCCCGGUGACGGGAUACUGAUCGCGGGUAAACUCUACUCGGGUGUCGCGCUCACUCUGGACAACUGCCUGCUGCCCACCGAGAGCGUGCACUGCAGCCCCUCGCGCGCGCACGGGCUUUCCGCGCGCACGGAGGAGCAGCUUCGGAACCGGAUGUGCGAGAUGAUCCAGAACGCGGGAAUUCUGCUCCGCUUGCCUCAGGUUGCCAUGGCAACGGCCCAGAUCCUGUUCCAUCGCUUCUUCUACUGCAAAUCGUUCGUGAGACACUGUGCCGAGACGGUGGCCAUGGCGUGUCUUCAGCUGGCAUCUAAGAUCGAAGAGGAGCCGCGGCGGGUGAGGGAUGUGCUGAACGUCUUCCACCAUCUCAAACACGCCGCAGGAAACAGGCGUGUUAGUCCCCUGGUGCUGGACGAGGGCUACAUCAGCCGCAAGAGUGACGUGAUAAAAGCAGAGCGGCGCCUCCUGAAAGAGCUCGGCUUCUGCGUCCACGUCAAACACCCGCACAAGGUGAUCGUGAUGUAUCUACAGGUUCUGGAGUGUGAGAAGAACAGCAAACUGGUUCAGAUGGCCUGGAACUACAUGAACGACAGUUUAAGGACUGAUGUGUUUUUGAGGUUCAGGGCUGAAACAGUAGCAUGUGCGUGUAUCUUUCUAUCAGCACGAGUGUUACAGAUCCCUCUGCCCGACCAGCCGCCCUGGUUCUUGUUGUUUGGGGCAUCAGAACAGGACCUGAUAGAGAUCAGUUGUUGUAUUCUGAGGCUGUACACAGUGCAGUGCGAGUCAUUGGCUGCUCUGCAGCAGGAGGUGGAGGAAAUGCGUUCAGUUUUGGACGCUCAAUAUAAUGCGAGCAAACCAGCGGGACAAGCAUCCACCACUGAAACCCCGUCAGCCGGUUUCUCUCCUGCGUCUAAAACUGCAUCUCCUGUUGAAAACCAGAAGAAUCACGAAUCCCCGCUGUCACGUCUCGCCCUCAAAAACGUCUGUCGAAAGAUCACAAGCAGAGACGGGAGGAAGCGCUUGAGUCGCAGCGACGAAAGGCGAAACACUCACUGCAUCCCAUCGCCCCCCAGACGCAGGCGCAGCCGGAGCGUUUCCUCUCCAUCGCCUGGACGCACAAAGUCGCACAGACACCGGCAGAGAGAACGGGAACGGGAGCGAGAGCGGAGAAAGGGAUAUUCAUCUCAGAGGAGAUGAUGUCAUCGGGCUGGGGGAGGGGCCCAACACUGACCAAUCAGACAGAGUCUGUGAAACCUGUUAAACUGCCUAGAAAAAGUGUUUUGUAUUGCGUAUUUUUAAGAGUCUCCUGAAAAGAGUUGAAAUAAAAUGGAAGCA